AUGUCCCAAACGGCAGUACACUUCUUGUACUGUCUGUCCCUGGUUGUGACUAUAGUGAAUGCUGAUGUCAUAUUUACCUCCGAACGAUGCGAAAGAGAUCAUUACGGCUUACAGAUAGUUAAUGGUGAUCCUUCAAGGUAUAAACAAUGUGGUCCUUCUGGAAGAGUAUGGAUUGUUCCUUGUGCUCCUGGUAUGACGUUUCAUCCUGUUGAUAAAGUUUGUAGGGAACGACAAUCCUCUGAAACUAAUACAGUUUCGCGAAAACCAGCUUCUUCAAUAGAAAAUGUUGCUGUCAAAGCCUCUUCUCCCAUCGAAGAAGAGUUCACUUUCUCUACUAGAAAACCUAAGCGACCCAGGGGAAAGGGCAAAACUCGAAAACCGACUGCACCACCAACGGAACUUCCUAUAUACACCUCAACUCCGGCUUACUCAUCUCAAGGAUCUUAUGAAGAAACUGCUACUUACAAUCCUAGUAAUGAGUUGUUAACACUUGCUCCUCCACCCAGCUAUGCUCCUCCACCCAGUUAUGCUCCUACCCCAAGUUAUGCUCCUACCCCCAGUUAUGCUCCUACUACAGGCCAGAAAUAUAGGGUAACUACGACCCCCGCCAGUUACACUAAGCCCGUGCAGAGCACAAGAUAUGUCAGCCUGCCUUCCCAGUCAUCUGAGGUUACUCUACAACCCCAGUAUACUGUAAAAUAUAAUGGAAUGAAUUUGAAUGAAAUGGAUCUCAUUGAUCGUCUCAUGAGACUAGUUGAUGAUAAGAAGAAAAAAUCCUCAUCCGUUUCUUUUUCUCCAUCUGAACUCGAAAUCAUUGAGCAACGUAAGCAAGCGCUACUGAAACAGAAGCACACCGAGGAGAAGCCACAGUACUAUGAGAAGACGCGUGAGUCUCAUAACAAGGAAAAGGCAAUGGAAGCAGCUCUGAUGAAAGAACGUUUAAGAGCUGAAACUGAGAAAAAGGAAAAAGAGAGACUUAUCAUGGAGUUACAAGCUGAGCGAUCAAGCCAAAAGGAAAAACUUCGUCAGGUUCAGCUCGAAGAGGAACAUCGUCGCCAACAGAUUGAGCUAGAAGCGGAGCGUCGACUGGAAAAAGAGAGGAAAAAAACGCAAGAAGAAGAACGCCGUCGUAUGGAAGUAGAGAAGCUUCGGGUAGAAGAAGAACGUCGUUUGAGAGAACUUGAACAAGAACAUCGAAGAAGGGAGUUGGAAGACAAGGAACGCCAGGAAAAGCUUGAGCAACAACGAGCCGAAGAACAACAGAAACGAUAUCAACUGGAGAAACAACGUCAAGAAGAACAGGAGAGACUUCAGAAUUUAGAAAAUCAAAGGAAAGAGGAACAGCGACGAAGAGAAAUGCUGGAGCUAGAGCUAGCUCGUCAAGAAGCUGCUCGUUUAGAGAAGGCUCGCUUAGAGGAUAAACGAAAAGAAGAAGCAGAAAAAGAACGAAUCUUACGCGAAAAGCACGAUCAAGAACGUUUACAGAGGGAGAAGUUAGAGAAGGAACAUCUGGCUCGUGAAAAACUUGAGCGGGAAAAGGCAGCUCAGGACAUGUUAAAAAUGGAACAGGAGCGACAAGAAAUGCAAGCAUUGUUAGAAAAAGAGAAACAAUUCAAAAUGAUGGCUUCAACCGAAGAGUCGAUUCCGGAGCGUCCGGUAUUCCCUCAAGCUUCUCUACCUGGAAAUCAAGCCUUCUACAAGUUUUCUAAAACAGGGAAUGACUUGAGUGCUGAUCCUAACAUCAUCCAUUUCACAACACCUUCCCCUGCCCAAGCCACUUUGUCACAACCUACAGAGCCAAUGAAAGGUUGGACGACCAGUGAAAACUCUUGGAGGCCACCUGUACAAUGGAUAUCUAUCGAUCCUGAUUCCAGUUCGGAAGUAGAGCAUGCACAACCUACUUCCAUUCCACGAGUGUUAACAGGUUGCAUAAUUAAUGCCGACUGUCCAUUUUCAUAUGAUGACGACCCUUUAUGCGAACACCCAAACAACCCCACAGCUUAUCUGCAAUGUACACCAAUGAUUGGGAGACGUGGACGCUGGACCGAACGGUUUUGUCCAGAUUCUUUAGUUUUCAUCCACGAACUAGCUCGUUGUGAAAAACUCCAAGACAAGUAUCAACUGAUUCAAAAUACUAUUUAUGAUCCCAACCAACGUGUCAUCAUUCCCAAGUUAUCGCAUGAAAAUGAAUUUGGCUCAUGGCAUGGCAAUGGAUUAAACUUGGGAAAAGAAGUGAAAGAGAGUAGGAACAGCUUAUUUGAGUCUUUGAGUAAUUUCCCCAAAGACCUCUUAGCUGAUGUAAUGACAACGACCUUUCCUACUAUAAUACCUAUUCAACCUAUGGAAUAUGUUGCGAACCAGUAUAGCUCUGAAAAUUCUAUUUGGAGUACAGCACCAACACCUACCACUCCAAUGAACCCAAUGAUGACCGACGAAAUUGAUUUAUCAAUUCUACAUCCACUCUUCCCAAGAGUACAGCCGAACUUCCUCUCUAGGUUAAUUGCUCCAUUCACACCGAUGCGAGAUGCUUCGCAGCAAGUUAAAGACGGUGACGAAGACAGACCAAAUACUGUUACCGAAGUAUUAAAACCUGUUAUAAAACAGAUUGCUCUUGAUCAAACAGGACAGCUUUUAGAUCGGAUCUUAUCGGAUGAAGAGCUGAAAAGAAGUGAAAAAGAUAUCCUGAAAUCGACUUGA